UCCAAAUGCGUUAUUGUCGCGUCGCAUCGCGUAACUUUUAUAUUCUGGCAGCCACUUAAUAAAAACUUCAUCAGAAUUUCGGCAUUGAUAAGAAAAUCAGCUGGCGGUGUUUGUAAACAAAGGUUUAUGUUGUAAUCUUUUUCUAGUGUUGUGCAAUGUUUUGAAUGGACUUAUAAACGGUAUUAGUAAUAAUUCCUCCAUCCUGCAUCCGAAACAGAAUCUGAAUGCUUCGUCUGGCUGUAACGCGCUAUUUUCUGCUACUAACGCAAUCCACGAAAAAUGCCGGAAGGACUUAUUCCUCAAACCCCAAAAUCUGCUGGAAAUGUUCGCAGCAUCUGGUGACGAAAAACAAAUUCUUUUGUGCAUCCUGUGGUUCACUACAGCGACUCGAGGAAGUGGAUUACUUCACCCUGCUGGAUGUUUCCAACAAGUUCGACUUGGAUUCGCCAACGCUGACUUCGAACUUCCGACGGCUACAAAGUGCACUUCACCCGGAUAAAUUCACCCAAAGUUCUAGCGAAGAGAAAAGCAAUUCUCUGGAGUGGAGUUCGCUGGUAAAUAAGGCCUAUAAAACGUUGAACACGCCACUACAACGUGGUCAAUACAUACUUGAACAGAAUGGCAUUGAAAUCUCGGAGGAAAAUACAUCAGUCGAUUCGGAGUUUCUCAUGGAUAUGAUGGACAAAAAUGAAGCCGUUGCUGAAGCAUCAAAUUCCGAUGAUUUGGAUGAAAUUGGCCAAACGUUGAAGGCUGAUAUAGAUGAGCUGUACGAAAAGCUGAAUCAAUGCUUCCUAGGAAAUGAUUUGAAGGGAGCUAAGGAAAAUUUAGUCCGAUUAAAGUAUUUAUUAAAUAUUUUAGGUGUUGUAAAGGAAAAGAUGUUGAAAUAUAAUUACCAGUAAAAGUUA